CGUAGGUUUUGAUAAGGACAGGAGAGGAGCAGAGGAUCAGAUCUCUAACUGUUUUCUUGUCCGACUCUGAAAGCUGCAGAGUCAGAUUGGCAUCAGCAACAGCCAUUGGCAUUUAUCCUCUUCAUCACCAUCAUCGUCAUUGUCAUCAUCAUAAUCAUCGGCUUUUAUCUUCUGAUCUUCUCUUCCCUCUUCUUCAUUUUUCUAUAAUUGUUAUCCUAGGGUUUAGGAUCAUUUCAUCUACUCUCUUCUUCGCUAGGGCAUUGUAGUUGUGAUAUAUAGCAAGUGCCGAUUAAGAUGAGGAUAGAAGAGGAUGGAGAUCGUGUCUCUGCGUCCAGGCAGCAUCUGGUCUUUGCUUACUAUGUCACUGGCCACGGCUUCGGCCAUGCCACUCGUGUUGUUGAGGUUGUUCGGCACCUCAUUCUUGCAGGACAUGAUGUUCAUGUUGUUUCUGCAGCCCCAGACUUUGUUUUUACUUCUGAAGUACAGUCCCCUCGGCUCUUCAUUCGCAAGGUAUUGCUAGACUGUGGAGCUGUUCAAGCCGAUGCAUUGACAGUGGAUCGGCUUGCCUCCCUGGAGAAGUAUUCUGAGACAGCUGUGGCACCUCGAGCUUCUAUUUUGGCAACAGAAAUAGAGUGGCUGAACUCCAUCAAGGCUGACUUAGUGGUUUCUGAUGUUGUUCCUGUUGCAUGCCGUGCAGCAGCUGAUGCAGGAAUUCGGUCUGUUUGUGUCACUAACUUCAGUUGGGACUUCAUAUAUGCUGAGUAUGUAAUGGUGGCUGGAAAUCAUCAUCGUUCAAUAGUUUGGCAGAUUGCAGAGGAUUAUUCUCAUUGUGAAUUUCUAAUCCGCCUUCCAGGAUACUGCCCAAUGCCUGCUUUCCGUGAUGUUAUUGAUGUGCCUCUUGUUGUGAGGAGGUUGCAUAAAUCCCGAAAGGAGGUGAGGAAGGAGCUUGGAAUUGGGGAGGAUGUGAAGCUAGUUAUCUUCAAUUUUGGUGGACAGCCAGCAGGCUGGAAGUUAAAGGAGGAGUACUUGCCUUCUGGUUGGCUUUGCCUGGUAUGUGGUGCUUCUGACAAGGAUGAACUUCCUCCAAAUUUUCUGAGGCUUGCAAAAGAUGUGUAUACACCUGAUCUUAUAGCAGCAUCUGAUUGUAUGCUUGGAAAAAUUGGAUAUGGCACUGUAAGUGAAGCUCUGGCGUUCAAGUUACCAUUUGUCUUUGUUCGUAGAGAUUAUUUCAAUGAGGAACCAUUUUUGAGAAAUAUGCUUGAGUACUAUCAAGGUGGCGUUGAGAUGAUUAGGAGAGAUUUGCUCACCGGUCAUUGGUUACCUUACCUUGAACGUGCCAUUAGUUUGAAACCAUGCUAUGAGGGUGGCAUUGAUGGUGGUGAGGUGGCAGCUCGAAUAUUGCAGGAUACUGCUAUAGGAAAAAACUAUGCAUCAGAUAAGUUUAGUGGUGCAAGGAGACUGCGAGAUGCAAUAGUUCUUGGCUAUCAACUGCAAAGGGCACCUGGUAGAGAUGUCUGCAUCCCUGAUUGGUAUGCAAAUGCUGAAAAUGAACUUGGUCUGCGUACUGGAUUGCCAACCAUUGAAAUGAACGAUGAUAGCUCCCUCAUGAAUUCAUGCACCGAAGACUUUGAUAUUCUUCAUGGAGAUGUUCAGGGCCUUUCAGAUACAAUGAAUUUCUUAAAGAGCUUGGCGAAAUUGGAUGCUGCUUAUGAAUCUGGAAAGGAUACUGAGAAGCGUAAGAUACGGGAGCGAGUUGCUGCUGCUGGACUGUUCAAUUGGGAGGAAGAAAUCUUUGUAGCAAGAGCCCCUGGAAGGUUGGAUGUAAUGGGAGGUAUUGCAGACUAUUCAGGAAGCCUUGUUUUGCAGAUGCCUAUUAGAGAAGCCUGCCAUGUUGCUGUUCAAAGAAACCAUCCAAGCAAGCAGAGGCUCUGGAAACAUGCCCAGGCUCGGCAGCAUGCAAAGGGACAAGGACCAACACCUGUUCUGCAAAUUGUAUCAUAUGGGUCAGAAUUGAGUAACCGUGGUCCAACCUUUGACAUGGAUUUAUCCGAUUUCAUGGAUGGAGAUCAGCCAAUGUCAUAUGAGAAGGCAAAAAAAUAUUUUGCCCAAGAUCCAUCACAAAAGUGGGCAGCAUAUGUUGCAGGGUCGAUCCUGGUUUUAAUGACAGAAUUAGGUGUUCGCUUUGAAGACAGUAUCGGCAUGCUGGUUUCUUCUGCAGUCCCCGAAGGCAAAGGUGUUUCUUCUUCGGCCUCUGUGGAGGUUGCUAGCAUGUCUGCUAUUGCUGCUGCUCAUGGACUGAACAUCAGCCCAAGAGAUCUUGCUUUACUCUGCCAAAAGGUAGAGAACCACAUUGUUGGAGCUCCAUGUGGUGUAAUGGAUCAGAUGACUUCAGCAUGCGGUGAAACCAAUAAACUUCUUGCAAUGAUCUGCCAGCCUGCUGAGGUAGUAGGACAUGUGGAAAUUCCUGGCCACAUACGAUUCUGGGGAAUUGAUUCAGGAAUACGGCACAGUGUUGGAGGUGCAGACUAUGGGUCUGUGAGAAUUGGUACAUUUAUGGGUCGAAAGAUGAUAAAGUCCAUGGCAGCUGCAGUGUUGUCCAGAUCAUUGCCAAGUUCUAAUGGGAUAAUUCAUGAUGAGUUGGAAGAGGAAGGUGGGGAACUACUUGAAGCGGAAGCUUCGUUAGAUUAUUUAUGCAACCUCGCACCUCAUAGAUAUGAAGCUCUUUAUGCUAAGAUGCUUCCUGAAUCCAUGCUUGGUGAGACAUUUUUGGAGAGGUAUGCUGACCACAAUGAUUCAGUCACUGUAAUUGAUCACAAGCGGAGUUAUGGAGUGAGAGCAAAUGCUAGACAUCCCAUUUACGAAAAUUUCCGAGUGAAGGCCUUCAAAGCACUACUCACUUCUGCAGCAUCGGAUGAGCAACUUACUUCUCUUGGAGAACUUCUUUAUCAGUGCCACUACAGUUACAGUGAUUGUGGGCUCGGAUCAGAUGGGACAGAUAGGCUUGUACAAUUGGUCCAGGAAAUGCAGCACAAUAAACUGUCUAAAUUUGAAGAUGGAACCUUAUAUGGGUCAAAGAUCACUGGAGGGGGCUCUGGUGGAACAGUUUGUGUGAUAGGCAGGAACUGCCUAAGGAGCAGCCAACAAAUCCUCGAGAUUCAGCAGAGAUACAAAGGCGCAACGGGCUAUUUACCUCUGGUGAUUGAGGGCUCAUCACCAGGUGCAGGGAAGUUUGGUUAUCUGAGAAUCCGCCGUCGAUUCCCUCCAAAGCAGAGUGUCGUCUCUCUUGAAAAUAACUACAAUUGAUGAAGCAAUCAUAUUACAGAAUAAUAAGUACAGCAACCAGAAUUAUCGAAGGGUAGUAGAUGAAGUUUCUGGGCGAUUCUUAUUCCUCAAUGUCACUGCAAACACCUUAGGAAUGAUAAAAUUUCCAUCAGGAGACUGAUGACUGUUAUUGAACUGAUUACAUUUAUUCAUAAAAUUAGCCUCGUAUUUUAGUUUUUGUA